CGGACCCUGGUAUUGAACGGACAUAGUUGUUUCUCUGAGUAUCGAUGCUUUUGCUCUAAUAUGAAGUUUAUGUUAAUUCUUUUAGCCGCUGCGACGGUAGCUAGUGGAAUCCAGUACAAUGGGUUAAGAGUGAAAUUCGGAUGGUCGGACGCGUUAGCGAACAAGGAGUACUUCUUCAACAUCCCUCGCACCACGAUGCAAGCUGAGAGCGAGGGGUGGAGGCGCAUAGAGCGACCCCCCGGGCCUCUCCCAGAACUGAGGCUGUAUUGCUCCACUGACCGCUAUGUGUGCCCUCUGUUUGAUGCUGCUGGCUUCGUCGCUGGAUUGCAAAUUGCGCUGCCCGUUGAUGAGUUCGAAUCUCCAGCAAUGAAGCCAGAGAAGAGGUUCAUCAAAUGGCGCGCUCCAGCUACUGAAACAGAACCUGCCAGAGAUUAUUGGACUGCUACACAGUAUUACGUUUCUGAGGAAUCGCUGAAAGCCGGCGCAGGACCGCAAGUUGAAAAUGGUGCGACGUUGCAAGAUGGCGGCGUGUGGGUCAGUGACCUUGAAGGACAACUUAUCAGGAUCCCUAGCACUGAGGGUGAACUCAACACUACAUUGUUCAAGAAACAAAACUGCAUACCAAAUAUGGGUACCCACUACCACUGGAAUAUGACCCGAGACACGAGCUGCGACGACCUCUUACCCUGGUUCGCGCUAACCACCAACGGGGACCUCGUGGGAGUUGGCUUCCAAUUCUUUGGCUCGCUCUCCGAACAGCCUAACAAGAGAGAAUGGUUCGAGAAGUACAAGGGCAGGGACCCAGCGGCGUUUCAGAUGGUGGUACCAUUCGCUCCGGACUGCUAUCUGGACAACGCAUCUAAAUAUGAUGGCAUCGGGCUUCAUAUCUACUUCAUUGAUGACCCUUGGAACAUCCGUUGCUUACCCGGAGAUUCAAUAAAGCCCGCCGCAAUCAUCGACAGAAUCAAACUAACCGGCCACAGAUACGCGAGCAAAGUCUACGACGAAGUGAAGAGCAUAUUCACAUAAUUACCUAUGAUAAUUUCUUUGUAAUAAACGUUGAAUGAUC